ACCGUCGUAGCCUAAACGGUUAUCGGGUAACCGCCGAAACCCUACCAAAAACCUUGAGAACCUUCUCUCCCUCCACGAUCGUCUUCUCCAAGCCAAUCUCUCUUCCUACAUAACUCGUUAGCAUUCUCAAAUCUGGAAAGAGCCCUUUAAGUCAGUCAUGGCUCAGAAAUGUGCAAUUGGAUUGAUUUCAGCCGUGGCAGCUUCGGUUUCUCUAUCGCAAUCGAAAGUCGCUGCUGCUGAUGGUCCUUUCACUUUCCCUGGACUCUCCAACUCUCCUCCUCCUUCUGCGAAUCCACAGCAGCAGACUGCUUCUUCUUCUUCGCCGUCGACGGAAUCAUCAGCUCCUCCCCCUCCGCAAGCUCGGAAUGAUAAUCCGAGGACGAGUUCGGGUGGUUUCGAUCCGGAGGCGCUGGAGCGUGGAGCUAAGGCAUUGAAGGAGAUCAACAACUCCUCUUACGCCAAAAAUGUGUUUGAAAGUAUUAAGCAGCAAGAAGAGACAAAGCAAACUGAGUUUGCAGCAAAGGCGCAAGAGUAUAAAGCUAUGCAAGCCCAAGCUGAAACUGAGAGGCAAAAGGUAAUUUAUGAUGAACAGAAAAAACUUUCUCAGCACCAAGCGCAGACUAAAUCACAAAUGGCUCGUUACGAAGACGAUUUGGCUAGAAAGAGGAUGCAGGCAUAUAAUGAGUAUCACAGAACAAGAAACCAAGAACUCGUGAAAAUGCAAGAAGAUUCCGCAAUCAGGCAGGAGCAAUCUCGACGAGCUACCGAGGAACAGAUCCAGGCGCAGAGGCGGCAAACCGAGAGGGAGAAGGCUGAGAUCGAACGCGAGACUAUCAAGGUCAAAGCUAUAGCAGAAGCUGAAGGAAGGGCCCACGAAGCGAGGCUCGCUGAAGAGGUGAACAGGAGAAUGCUUGUUGAUCGUGCAAACGCAGAAAGAGAGAAAUGGGUUGCUGCCAUUAACACUACAUUCGACCAUAUUGGAGGUGGGUUGCGUGCAAUUCUAACGGAUCAAAAUAAACUGAUUGUUGCUGUUGGUGGUGCAACCGCUCUUGCAGCUGGAAUAUACACAACGAGAGAAGGAGCAAAGGUUAUCUGGAGCUAUGUGGACAGAAUAUUAGGACAACCAUCCUUGAUCCGGGAAUCGUCGAGGGGAAAGUACCCAUGGUCUGGUUCUGUUUCUCGUGCAAUGUCCACGUUACGCGGAAAGGGGUCAGCUGGCAAUAAUGGGAAAGGGUUUGGUGAUGUUAUUUUGCAUCCUUCACUACAGAAGAGGAUUGAGCAUCUAGCUAAUGCAACCGCCAACACAAAAUCACACCAAGCUCCUUUCCGGAAUAUGCUUUUCUAUGGUCCUCCAGGAACAGGGAAAACAAUGGCCGCCAGAGAGCUGGCUCGUAAAUCUGGUUUGGAUUAUGCACUGAUGACUGGUGGAGAUGUAGCUCCUCUUGGAUCUCAGGCUGUUACGAAGAUUCACCAGCUGUUUGAUUGGGGGAAGAAGUCUAAGAGAGGCUUAUUGCUCUUCAUUGAUGAAGCCGAUGCAUUUUUGUGCGAGAGGAACAAAACAUACAUGAGUGAAGCCCAAAGGAGUGCACUAAACGCUCUUCUUUUCCGCACGGGUGAUCAGUCCAAAGACAUAGUCUUAGCACUUGCCACGAACCGACCUGGUGACCUAGACUCAGCUGUGGCUGACCGUGUGGACGAGGUUCUCGAGUUCCCCUUACCCGGAGAAGAAGAGCGGUUCAAGCUUCUAAGCCUGUAUCUAGAGAAGUACAUAGCUCAAGCUGGUCCAAGAAAGCCAGGUUUGUUCGACCGUCUCUUCAAGAAAGAGCAGCAGAAGAUUGAGAUAAAGGGUGUCACUGAAGAGCUCUUGAAAGAAGCUGCCGCCAAAACCGAAGGGUUUUCAGGGAGAGAGAUUGCUAAGCUGAUGGCGAGUGUUCAGGCAGCUGUUUAUGGAAGUGAAGACUGUGUGUUGGACUCUGUGCUGUUCAGAGAGGUUGUGGAUUACAAAGUUGCAGAGCAUCAGCAGAGAAGAAAAUUGGCUGGAACCGAUUCAAAAUGAGGAUUUUUUUUUGUAAGCUAGUGAAGUGGUCUCACCUUCACACUUUUGGAAAUAGGCAAAAUAAAACAGAGGCUCAAAAUCUAUUUAGUUGUUUCUGAGGUUUGGGCAGAGAUUUGAGUCCCUAUUGUUUCUCGUUUUUGGUCAAGGAGAGGUUUUGUACUUUGUAUUACGAGAAGUUAUUUUUUGCAAAGCUUAAACAAUAAUUCGAAUAAAUAUUGACACUGA